GAAGACAUAGUGGAAUCAGAAUUUAUUAACUUCACAGAUAGUACGAGAUGAUUGAUAUUAGUAGCAUGAGAAGGCUGUUUAUCAGCAAAAAGGAUUGGACUCUGCUCGUAAUAUACAUGAACUUUCCGCUCUAUCAAUCCUCUAUAUUUAUCAGUUUAUCUUUGAAACUCGUUUUGGAGCACAGUUAUUGUAUCACUGUAAGUGGAGAAGCAAGUGACUAAGUGCAAAGUAAAAAGGUUAUACUCGACUAAUUGUGAAUUCUAAAUUGCAUUAAAAAAACUUUUCAGUAUGACGCAUGUAAAUUCAUUUAUUCUGAGUACUUUGGAAAAUGGAAUUCAAAAAGUGGUGCUUAAUAAACCCGCCAGAAAGAACGCACUUUCACCUCAAAUGUAUAAGGAAUUAAAAAUGCUUUUAAAUGAAUCUGCUGAAAACAACAAAGUAUUGAUUUUUGUACUGACAGCAAAUGGAGAUUUUUUUAGCAGUGGCAAUGACAUAAGCGCCUCAAUGGAAUCUCUUUCGGUUUCUGUUGAUACAAUUAAGGAAUUAAUUGAUACUAUAAUUAUGUACCCAAAGCUUUUAAUAGCUGUUGUGAAUGGACCAGCAAUAGGAAUAGCAACUACGAUAUUAGGGAUUUUUGAUAUAGUUUACGCUUCAGAUAAGGCAUAUUUUCAAACACCAUUCAGCUCUUUGGGUCUUGUUGCUGAAGGAUGUUCUUCGUAUACAUUCCCAAGAUUACUAGGACAUUCCAAAGCCGGAGAUAUGUUGUAUUUAGGGUACAAGAUGAAUGCUCAAGAAGCCAAACAACAUGGUUUGGUUAGCAAAGUGUACAAUCACGAUUCUCUUGAAGAAGUAUGGAAUUAUUUAAACAAGAUAUCGACACUUUCUUCACAGUCAAUAUUGGCGACUAAGCGAUUAGUGAGUAGAUGGAACAAAGAAAUUUUAUUAAAAGUUAAUGAGGAAGAAAUGGAAGAGCUGAAAAAACUAUUUGAAUCUCCCGAGCUAAUCCAAAGGAUGUUGAAUUUCUUAUCACGAAAAAAUAAGCUUUAAAAUACUUUAUAUUUUUUUAAUAAACAGCAAAAACUAAAU